GUAGUUUUGUUUAUAAUGAAGUUGAUUUGUUUAAAACAAUCAAGAAAAUUAUACACAAAAAGUGUCGAUAAGCGACCAGUCUCGGAUAACACCAGGAAGAGACACGAUAAGAUAAAGGUGGACGUAAGUCUAUGUUGGUUACCAGCACUGUUCUCCCAGCUGCUGCCUCGAACACUGUUCUCCCAGCUACUCUCGAGCACUGUUCUCCCAGCUGCUGCCUCGAGCACUGUUCUCCCAGCUGCUGCCUCGAGCAUUGUUCUCCCAGCUGCUGUCUCGAGCACUGUUCUCCCAGCUGCUGUCUCGAGCACUGGUCUCCCAGCUACUCUCGAGCACUGUUCUCCCAGCUGCUGUCUCGAGCACUGGUCUCCCAGCUACUCUCGAGCACUGGUCUCCCAGCUGCUGUCUCGAGCACUGGUCUCCCAGCUACUCUCGAGCACUGGUCUCCCAGCUACUCUCGAGCACUGGUCUCCCAGCUACUGUCUCCUCGUAACCAUCUCCACACACCAGCUACCAUUCUCUCUGACGCGGACCGUGAAGGAGGAGUUAGGUCGUAAGUCUCCACAAGACCCUAAGCUUCCUACAAUCUACAUCAUUACACCCACUUACCGUCGACCCGAGCAGAUGCCUGAGUUGAUACGUUUCGCCCAGACUCUGAUGAAUGUUCCAAACAUUCACUGGAUUGUUGCUGAUGAUGCUAACACCACAAACUACAACGUUGUCGACUACCUCACCUACUCGUCCAUUCCUCAUACCUACCUCUUAACACCAAUGCCCGAAAAGUACAAGCAGUUAUCGAUCAAACCUAAAGGUGUAGCAAAUCGUAAUGGUGGCCUCAUGUGGGUGAGAGAACACGCUACCUCAGGUGUGGUAUACUUCGCUGAUGAUGACAACACCUACGACAUCCGGCUCUUCCAAGAGAUACGGUACACAGAGCGAGUGUCAAUGUUUCCUGUGGGACUCGUUACUAAGGCGGGACUUUCUUCACCUGUUCUUAAGAAUGGUAAAUUCCAUGGAUGGUACGACGGCUGGAUUGCCAAAAGAAAAUUCCCCGUUGAUAUGGCAGGCUUUGCUGUUAGUGUACAAUACUUACUUAAGAUGCAGAAUGCAGAAAUGCCCUACAAAGCUGGAUAUGAAGAAGAUGGUUUUCUAAGAAGCCUUAAAAUUGAACCUGAAGAAAUUGAAUUUAAGGCAGAUAAAUGUACAAAGAUUUACGUCUGGCACACACAGACCAAGAAGAAUGGACCUUCUCAAAGAACAAUCUUACAAUCCAAAUACAAUGGUACUAAUCUAAGAAUUUUGGAGAAAAAGAUGAUGAUAGAAUCGUAAGCUUGUAUUUUAACUGUCUCGGAAAAUAUUUAUAUAAUAAUUUUAUACAUUAUUUUUUAUAUAAUAAAAAAAUAUAUAUUU